AUGAUCACGGGUAAAACUCCUAAGACACCAGAUGCGGAUGAAGACUUGGGCACCAUGGGCGCACGUGUCAGCGCCCCUUAUCAUCCGACCUUGCCCACAACCGCCAAUUCGACCGCCACUCCCUCUGCAACCCACCAAUUCCGCGCCAAAACCACCGCGACGAUGUUCUCCUCCACCUUCCGCGCAGCGGCCCGCGCGCCCACCUCGACCUUCGCACGCAGCUUCUCGUCCACCCGCCCCUCGCAGGUCGCGCGCAUGACCGUCAUCGGCCGUCUCGGAGUUGCGCCAGAAGAAGUCACCGUCUCUGGCGACAGGACACUCGUGCGCUACGUAGUAGGAACGAGCUACGGAAAGGGCGAGGACAAGAAGACCAGCUGGUUCCGGAUUGCGAGUUUCGUGCAGGGCGCGCAGAAGGAUUUCCUGAUGAACGUGCCCAAGGGAUCGAUGCUCUACGUUGAUGCGGAUGCGCGCAUGGAGACGUACCUUGACAGCGAGGGCAAUAAGAAGAGCAAUUUGAGCUUGGUUGCACGCAACUUUGAUGUCUUGUCUCGUGCUCGUACUGAGGACACGGAGAAUAACGACGAGGGUCUUGUUCAGGAAGCUUCUGGUUAG